GCUAAACGCAGUAAGCAUUUGUUAUUUGAUAAAGUUUAAGAAAACUAGCGAAAACAAAUUCCUUUUUAAAAUGGCGAAAAUCACCAAAUCUGAGCCUUCCAAAUUUCCAAAACCACCAGUAAGAAAACGAAAUCAAUUUUCCCGCAGUCAAAAUUCCAAGGCGGUUACCUCUGGAGUGAACAAUCGAAUACAACGUCGCCGACCGGUUCGAGCUGGGGCCGUCUCCAAUCGGCGGAGCGCUCCAUCAAGGCGACCAAUGGACAACGGCCGCAACCGAAUAGUGCUUCUCGACGCCUGUAAUGUGGGUUACUUCCACUCGAACCACCGGGGCUUUUCUUCCGAAGGACUGCGGUUGGCGCUACAAUAUUUCAUCGAUCGGAAUUACGAGGUGUACGGCCUUCUGCCGAAGUUUCGCUUAAAACCAGGAAAAUCGAGCGAUUGGACCGUGUUAGAUAGUCUGUACAGAAACGGCCGCUUGAUAGCCACGCCUUGCAAGGAAUUUCCGGUGCGUGCGAUGUGUUACGACGACCGAUUUAUGAUGGAAAUUGCAGCCAAAUUUGAUUGCGACGUGGUUUCCAACGACCAGUAUCGGGAUUUGAUGGACGAAAAACCGUAUUAUAAUGAAGUAAUCAGGAGGAGGAUACCCUUUUGGUGGAAUGGUAAUCGAUUCGUAAUAGAAAGAGACCCGUGACAUAAAAAUCAGUUUGAUUUUUGAUCGAAAACAUUCAAAUCAACUCCGUAAUUGAAAUAA